AUGUACUGCUGCACGAUCUGUGGCCACAAAUUCAAAUCGCGGUCGACCGUCAGGUACCACUACUACUGUGGGGUCGAGAACAAGCCGCUGACCUGCGAGCUGUGCAAGAAGGGCUUCGUCAGCAAGUCCCACUACGAGUACCACAUGAGGGACCACACAGGAGACUUGCCGUUCAAGUGUGACGUCUGCGGGAAAGGAUUCAAGCAGAAGACAAAGCUUACACGGCAUACAAUCGUACACACAGACGAUCGUAAGUUCAAGUGCUCUACGUGUGGGAAACAUUUUGCCGAAGCUUCGAACCUGAAGGUUCACUCGAGAUUGCACACGGGUGAGAGGCCGUACAAGUGUGACCAGUGCGGACGGAGCUUCAACGAGAGAGCCAACUACAACAAGCAUGUCCGCAGCAUUCAUACAAAUGAGCGUCCAUACGCAUGUGAAAUGUGUGGCAAGUGUUUUGCCCGGUCAGAAAACCUGAAAGUCCACCUGCGGCGACACAAGGGAAUCCGCCCGUACGAAUGCCCGGUCUGCAGUCUGACGUUUUCGUACAAGAAGGACAUGACGAGGCAUAUGCCUAUACAUGAUCCUUCAGUGCGUCCAUUCGAGUGUGAUAAGUGCUCCCAGACGUUCAAGCGGAAGGACAACUUGCUGCGGCACAUCAAGUUGUCACACAGCGAGACCGAGAAGGACGAGGAGUCACAGACUGUGGCAGGGGAGAGGAGUGUGGAGACAGAGAAAGUCCCGCCUCGACAAAACCCUGCUCCCGCACACAAUGAAGAUGAGCAUCCAUAUGCAUGCAAAAUGUGCGGCAAGUGCUUCGACAGCUCAGAAAACCUGAAAGUCCACCUGCAGCUACACAACGGAAGCCACCCCUAUGAAUGCCCAGUCUGCAGUUUGACUUUUUCGUACAAGGAGGACAUGACGAAGCAUAUGCCAGUACACGAUUCAAGCACAGUGGAACCAGGAGAGGAGAGAACUGCAGAAAAAGCAAGAGAGGAACCUACCAAAUGUGCUGGACCUGAAAGCAGUACUGCAGCUGAGACUGUCCUCACAGAUUCCAGUAUCGUUCCCAGUCCUGUGAAUAGAGCAGCAAUGGCAAAUAACUCGAUGUGCAUCAGUACUGUCACUGCAACGCAUGGAAAUGACGGAGGAACUGAGUAUUCACAGGCAACAUCCAUGUGUACAGAUGAAACCAAACAGCCAGCCGACAUGCCCACUGCAUGCGGCAGCUCCUCUGAUGCCAACUCCAGUAGGCCUCUGCGCAAGAGGCGGGUGCGCGUCCCGCCAGACCCGGCCGCGUGCUCCUCGUUACCCGUAUUCCGCCGUAACGUGACACCUCCGCCGGGAGCCCUGCCGGACCCGCCGCGGGUGCCCCGCCACUGCCUUCCCGCUCCGCGCGAGCGGCACGUGGUGUUACGGCCUCCUGUGCCGGUGGACUUCCUCGAGACGACCGGAGAGAAGAAACUGCUCCGCGCCAGAGGGAAUGGUCGCAAACGGCCGAAGAGAGAGGUGGAAGCUGACACCACCGAUAUUGAGAAAGUCGGUUUCAUUCAGAUUCCACAGUAUCCCCCAAAAGCACCGCCAGCUCCUCAGCCGGUGCCAGUCCAUGCCAGAGAGGCUACCCCGUCUGGCGCAAAUGGCAGCCCGAAGGCAGCCGAGACGUGCGGAGCAGUGCCAGUCAUCAAGAGAUCACAGCCCAGCAACUGCGUGCGCACCAUCACCGAGACGCCACAGCGGGCAGUGUCCACCAUCGUGAGUCCCAGAAAUCGUGAGCCGACACCAAAACCUGUCCAUACGGCACCCCCGCUGCCACCACUGCCCGCCUGCUCACCGCGGCCGAACCAGCCGAUGCUUCGCCUGCUGCUGCACGACACGCCGUGCUCCGACAUGCCGAAGCCACCUCCUGGGCCGGUACAGGCCGAGACGCCGCCCGCACCUCCGGCUGCGGCGCCCCAUUCCACAGACGCUCUCGGACUGUGUGACAUUUACGAGUGCAUCCUCAAAGGUAACCUCGGCCAGCUGACCAGCGGACGGCGGGUGCCGGAACGGCCACUCCCCACUGUGGGCGCAGCCGCCUCGGUGGAGAAACUGCAACAGCUGUCCUCCGUGCGGGAGUCGAUAUCUCUGGCACGGGAGCAGGUGGCAACCCUCCCGCUAGAGCCGUUUCCUGUCACACCUGUGUCAACAGGGAAAGGGCCAUUAGAUAGCCAGCCUACAGCUGGAACUGGAAGCAGAAGAGCACACUGGAUGGCAAGCAGCCCCCAGAACCAAACACCACUUACUUUGACACUUACUGCUCGUACAUAA